GAACGAUUGAGGAAACGAACUGAUACCCGUUUGUUCUGUCGAUCCGUAAUCUGACAGACUCUACCUCCAUCUUCACCACAUCCAGCAUGAAACGAUUCCCUACCGAAGAUGCUAUCUGCGUGAUCCACAUUGCUACGACCUGUGAUGAGCAUGGUGUCUGUGUUACUAAAGAUUCUGCCGAGGUGAUUGAGGUUGCUUGGCUCCUUUUGGAUGCCAAGACGUUGGAGGAGCUUCACAGAGAGAGUGUGCUUGUACGACCGGUGAACACCCCGAUCACCGAGUUCUGCACUAGUCUUACUACUCUUACUUGGGAGCAUGUUCGCAAUGCCGGAAGCUUCCGUGACUUCGUUCACCGCUUCGACGCAUUCGCUCAGGAAUACCUCUUCUCUCAGAACCUUGACUUCAGUUUCGCAACUUUGGACGCAUGGGAUAUGCGUGUCCAGAUCCCUCGUGAGGCUCGUGACAAGGCUGUCGCUCUUCCUCCAUACCUUCAGCACUCCCGUGUUUACGACUUGAGAACCGAAUAUACCCGCUGGCAGGCUCACCACCCAGAAGCUCUGCCCUUCGGACCCUCUUCCUUGCCAAACAUUUGCGCUGCCUUGGAGGUCGAGAUGGUCCGUGCUUCUCAACCACCAAUGCACCACCCUCACCCCUUCUACCCUCACGCACUGGCGACCACCCCCCGUCGUGCCAUGGAGGAAUGCUUAACCCUUACCCGCGUCUUGCGUGCCCUCAUCAAGAAGUCAGAGCCAUCUGAGACCCACGUCGACGUGCUUACCCGUCCUUUGGAUGCUCGUGCGGAUGUGAAGGCUUUCUUGCAGGAGCGUUCAAAUGUCUUGCACAUGGCCGGUUUGGCCCACGACACGACCCAGUCUGAAUUGGAGAGCUGGUUCACCCAGCACGGUGGCAGACCGAUCGCUUUCUGGACUUUGCGUACUCCAGACCACCACAAGCCAACCGGCACUGGAUUUGCCGUGUUCUCCUCGCACGAGGAGGCAGCUGAGAGUUUGGGUAUGAACGGUCGUGCUCUUGGUGACCGUGCGAUCGAGGUGUCGCCCAGCAGCAGCAGGGUUCUCGACAAGGCCGCAGAGAUUCUCACUCCAUUCCCACCCAGCAAGAACCGCCCCAGGCCUGGAGACUGGACUUGCCCGUCCUGCGGUUUCAGCAACUUCCAGCGUCGUACCGCCUGUUUCCGCUGUUCCUUCCCCGCCGUUACUGCCGCGCCCGCGGACCCUCUCCUUGGUUACGGCUUCGCUCCUCCUCCUCCUUCCAUGCCUGGAAUGCCUCCUAGCCAGGCUUUGGGCCAUUUGGCUGGUCACCCUCUUGUCAUGCGUGCUCCUCCGCCGAGCGGCAGUGUCCCUUUCCGCGCAGGCGACUGGAAGUGCGGCGCUGAAGGUUGCGGUUAUCACAACUUUGCCAAGAACGUGACUUGCUUACGUUGUGGAUCCAGCAGGGUGGGUGCUUCUAUCAUUGCUGACCCUGGUCUUGGACCUGCCGGUCUUAUGAUGCCUCCUCUUCCUGGACCUCAUGAUGGCUUGCACACUCCUUUCGGCGUUCCCCCUCCGUUUGCACAGCUUCAACAGCAGCAUGCGCUUGCUGCCGCGCAGCACCUCGGCCCUGGUUUCCCUCACGGAAACCACGUCGGAGGCCCUGGAGGACUUCGAGGCCCGCCGCUGGGCGGUGCUGGCCUCCCCCCUCAGGCUCAUUUGCACCACCACCAACAACAGCUGUUGAACGGCAAUGCCUCUUUCCUUGCCGGUAACCUUGGAAGAUUGACUUUGGAUGAGCACGAUGACCAGGCUGGGGGAGCUAUGAACGGAAACAUGAGCCGUCACACUCCCAGACCUCAGGCUGACGGAAUGUAAGUUGAAGAUUGAUGGAUAUUUGAAUUCAAAAAUUGUUUUUAGUUAAGGGAGGC